GGAAAAGUCAUAUUAGAAGCAGAAGAUGUCGAUAACAAUGAGUAAGAAAUAUUAUGUGGGAUUUAGAGGGCCAUAGAAAAUACUCAAUGCCUUACACCGGAGGAAACGUUGGUUUUAAUACAUCUGAAGAUCUUCAUGCGUGGUCUAUAUAUAGACAGAAUCUAAACGCAGACUUCAGUGAGAGUGCCCUCGGAGUCAAUAAAAGCUCAAACUCUGAGCGACCGUUUGGUAACUUUCAACUAAAAGAGUCGACGGCCAACAAUAUAUUAAAUCACCCGAAAUAUGGCCCCCGAAUCAAGAAUCAGGACGCCUAUACAUAUCUCAGGUUUGGCUUACCUCGAGUUAAAGCUACACAAAGUGAGAUCGGAGUCAUCAGAAAGGCUGAUGGCAUGAGUACUACCGCACAAACAACUGAACACAUCAAUAGUCACAUUAAACCUAUUGGUCAGACAUUCACUGACUCAAGCAAUGCCUCUGAAUCUCCAUAUAUGCAACACAAAGAAGCCAAAAGAAUUUGGAAGAGUGAUCCGGAUCUGUUGAGAGCACAGACAGAGUCAACACUCAUGAAUGGACAUUACGAGCGCAACCAUCGACACCAUCAAAGACCAGAACCCAAGCAUAUAACGAGUCAAUCAUUGAUUAAUGGCUACAAUAAGUCUCAAAGUGAGACUGAUGUCAGAUUUAAUAGCAAAUUAAAUGGUAUAAAAAACGAUGGCAUUUCCAUCUCUCAAUUCGAUAUGACCGGUGCUAUGCCAGCAAAACAUCCUCAUCUUAUUGUAAGAAACCUGUACUACGAGGUGGACAAGUCGUCUAAUUGGCGCCGACUAUGUGGUGUCCGCCGACAGAAACUCAAAAUUCUCGAUAAUUUAAGUUUUGAUGUCAGAGCCGGCGAAAUGCUCGCACUUAUGACUACUUGUGAAUCGGAGGGAACGGCAAUAUUGGAUAUUCUAUCGAACCGUUUCGACAAAUUUCGGGGUAAAGUUAAGGCAGAAUUUAUUUUAAAUGGUGUGACUGUCAGUGGCCAACGUCUCUCACAAUUGUUGGCGUAUGUGAGUCAAGACACAUGUAUGUGUCCCAACAUGUCUACACGUCAGGCACUGUUAUUUACCUCAUUAGUCCAAAAACCAACCAAAAAGAGCUCAUUUGAUACCAAAAAGCGAACCAAUGCUCUGUUAGAAGAGUUAGGUCUGAGCGAAGUUCGUCACACAUGUAUUAGUGAUCUAACAGACGCUGAGAAAAAGCGUCUUCUUAUAGCUAUAAAUCUAUUGUUAGACACAGAUAUUUUGCUUUUGGAUCAGCCAACCAAAGGAAUGGAUAUAUUCGACACAUUCUUCUUAAUUGAAUAUUUAAGACAAUGGGCACUAAUAAGCGGCAGAUGUGUUAUUAUGACAAUCAGUCCGUCUACUUAUGAGAUCUUCACAAUGCUUUCGAGGAUUGCAUUGAUAUCUUCGGGAAGAAUUGUAUAUUUUGGUAAAAGGAGUGAAUUGUUGACAUAUUUUUCGCAAAUAGACUUUCCUUGUCCUGCAUUUAAAAAUCCGAGUGACUAUUAUCUUGAUUUGGUUACACUCGACAACUUGAGCUCAGAAGCAAUGCUUGAGUCGAGUCAAAGAAUCGAGAGCUUAGUUGAAUUAUAUGCGCGCAAACCUAAUACUGCAAUAUCACCUCCCGGUCCUCCAUCUAUAACACCUCCUUCUAUAAAAAGAGCAAAUAUUUUCAUACAAUUUCUUGCCAUUUGGAUUCGGGCAAUGAUAUUCACGUUUCCUUAUAAUGUCAUAAAUAUAUUUUUCAAUAUAUUAUUUGCAUUAUGUCUAUCAGUUAUGUGUGGUGUCAUAUAUUGGCACGUAAGGGGUGGUCGGGAACAGGAGUACAUAUGGGAUCGCAUUGGCUUUUACACAGCAAUCUUAACUAUAUUUUCAGUUCCUCUAAUGUUAAUUGAACUUAAAGAUGUUCAUAAAGAAAAGCAAUACGUGUUGAGUGAAGUGAAGCAUCGAUUUUAUGGCAAAACAGCAUAUCUUAUGUCAAAAUUGAUAUAUUCAUUGCCUCAGAGUGUGAUAGUGUACAUAGCGUUUGCAUUACCCGCCUGUUCAAUGGCUGGUCUCCAACAAAACCUAUCAUUUUAUCUCCUAUUAAUCAUAUCUUAUUUGCUAACACUAAGAAUCAUUACAAUAGCUAUAGUUUGGACUUUUGAUAAGCAAUCGACCGGUGCUAUAGUAUUGGCAUUCAUAAUGUCAAUCAUUUUCUUGAGUUCAGGCCUAACGUUUCAUUAUAAGGAUCUGUCAUUAGGCACUCGUUGGCUUAAUUACCUGUCACCGACCCGAUGGGCACACGAGGCACUCAUAAACUGGGAGUUUGACAACAACUCGACAUUAUCGCCGCCAUACCUGUGCAGCCGUAACCCUAUAGUUCAACAGCCAAACGCCAUUCUUGUGAGGGCUGACUGUGGCAUACAAUCAAAGGUCAAUAUAUUAAAAUGGUUUCGAUAUAAAGUUUUAGGCACAAGUAUUCAACAGACGACGAGUCCAUUAAUCCGUGCCAUUUGGCACCCGUUUGUUGCCUUCGCUGCUAUUUUUGGUUUAUUCCUAAUUAUCGGAUGUGUUUUGUUUUGUAUUUCAGCAAAAAGAAAAACAGUCAAUCAAUUAAAUAAAUCGUGAAUACAUUCAUUUUCAAUCACUAAUGUCUUACAUUUAGAAAAAGCUUUAUUUAUCGCUUUUGGUGUUACAAUCAAAUAACAAUCAAAUAUUUUUUUUAUUAAUAAGA